UCUGCUAGAUGGGAAGGUGGCUGAUUUGGUGCAUUUCAUGAUCCUUAAGUAUCGACUGAAGGAGCCCAUCACAAAGGCAGAAAUGCUAAAGGUUGUCAUAAAGAGGUACAAAAGCCAAUUCCCCGUGAUCUUCAAGAAAGCUUCUAAGUGCCUAGAGGUGAUCUCUGGCAUUGAUGUGAAGGAAGUGGACCCCCAAAUCCACUCCUAUGUCCUUGUCAACUCACUAGACCUCACCCAUGAUGAGAUGCUUAGUGAUGACCAGAGCAUGCCUAAAAAUGGUCUCCUGAUAAUUAUCCUGGGUGUAAUCUUCAUAGAGGGCAACUGUGCUCCUGAGGAAAACAUCUGGGAUUUCUUGAAUAUAAUGGGAGUGUAUGCUGGAAGAGAGCACUUCAUUUAUGGGGAGCCCAGGAAACUCAUCACCAGAGAUUGGGUGCAGGAGAAUUAUCUGGAGUACCGGAAGGUGCCUAAUAGUGAUCCUCCACUGUACGAAUUCCUGUGGGGUAAAAGGGCCCAUGCUGAAACCAGCAAGGUGAAAGUUAUGGAAUUUUUGGCCAAGAUCAAAGGGACUGACCCUAUUUCCUUCUCAUUCUGGUAUGAGGUGGCUUUAAGAGAUGAGGAAGAGAGAACUGGGGCCAUAAAUGGCCACGUAGAUAGUAAUACUGGCAUGUUCAUUAUGCAGCAUUGCUCAGCAGCUUCUCCCCAACCGAAGAAUGAGCCUAAAUCUUCACUCUGUGUUUGGAGAAGGCAGUCAGGGUUCUAA